GUGAUUCACUGGAACUCACCAAAAAAGCUGCGAGUGAAAAACAAGCAUGUGGAGUUUUUCCGCAACCUCUACCUGACAUUCCUGGAAUAUGAUGGGAAUUUGCUGAGACGGGAACUCUUUGGCUGCCCCAGUGAGGCAGACGUUAACAGUGAAAAUCUCCAGAAACAGCUGUCUGAGCUGGACGAGGAUGACUUAUGCUAUGAAUUUCGUCGAGAACGUUUCACCGUCCAUCGCACUCAUUUGUAUUUUCUACAUUACGAAUAUGAGCCUGCUUCAGACAAUACCGACGUAACGCUGGUGGCUCAACUUUCAAUGGAUAGGCUCCAGAUGCUUGAAGCCAUCUGCAAACAUUGGGAAGGUCCAAUCAGCCUGGCACUCUAUCUUUCUGAUGCAGAAGCCCAGCAAUUUCUGCGCUACGCCCAGGGCUCAGAAGUACUCAUGAGCCGCCACAAUGUCGGCUACCAUAUCGUGUACAAGGAGGGCCAGUUCUACCCUGUGAAUCUGCUAAGGAACGUGGCCAUGAAGCAUAUCAGCACACCAUACAUGUUUCUGUCUGACAUUGACUUCUUGCCCAUGUAUGGACUCUACGAGUACCUCAGGAAGUCCGUCAUCCAGCUAGACCUGGCUAACACCAAGAAAGCUCUGAUCGUACCUGCUUUUGAGACCUUACGCUACCGCCUCUCCUUCCCCAAGUCAAAAGCAGAGCUGCUAUCUAUGUUGGACAUGGGAACCCUCUUCACAUUCAGGUAUCACGUCUGGACGAAAGGGCAUGCGCCAACGAACUUUGCCAAGUGGCGAACAGCCACCACCCCCUACCGCGUUGAGUGGGAAGCAGACUUUGAGCCAUACGUUGUUGUGAGGAAGGACUGCCCGGAGUAUGACAGGCGGUUUGUUGGAUUUGGCUGGAACAAAGUAGCUCACAUCAUGGAACUGGAUGCACAGGAGUACGAGUUCACGGUGCUGCCCAAUGCCUACAUGAUCCACAUGCCGCACGCCCCCAGCUUCGACAUCACCAAGUUUCGCUCCAACAAGCAAUACCGCAUCUGUCUCAAGACCCUGAAGGAGGAGUUCCAGCAGGAUAUGUCGCGCCACUACGGCUUUGCAGCCCUCAAAUAUCUCACGGCAGAGAACAACAGCUAGCACAAUGGAGCCCGUGUGUGGGAAACAGGGACACUGGAGAGACAAGCCACUCAACGUUUGGGGCCCAGUCUUCAAACUCCAAACUGAGAAAUACUUUCUGUUUUUAUAUCAUACCCGGCAGUUCUAACAGUAGAAAUUUGAAGUGACAUGUCUUCAGACUAUGCUCAUUCAUCCCUUCCCCAACUACCCCAGGCCUUUCAGCUUUAGCAUUCGUGAGGUGUCAAUGAGAGGGGCUGGCCAUGCGCCCGCCAUGCCGCCGGAGGUGGGGACUGGGCAGGGGCUGGGAAUGCACUCUGCUCUCCUGACUGCAGAGCAAAGACAGACCUUCAGAAUAUAGGAUUUCAUGUUGCUAUUUAAUAAUUUGACAUGCUUUUUAUCUGUAAAGGA